AUGGCGUCGCAACAGCAGAUCAACAGCGGCGCAGUGACGCUACAGACUUCCAUGGGAAGCAUCACCGUCGAGCUCUACUGGGAUCAUGCUCCAAAGACGUGCCAGAACUUCUACAAGCUAGCAGAGAGGGGCUACUACAAUGGCACGAUCUUCCACAGAAUCAUCCCGGACUUCAUGAUCCAAGGCGGCGACCCAACAGGGACAGGUCGAGGCGGGACGUCCAUCUACGGCGACAAGUUUGCCGACGAGAUCAACCCAGCGCUCCGCUUUGUCGGCGCCGGCAUCCUUGCCAUGGCCAACUCGGGACCCAACACGAACGGCAGUCAAUUCUUCAUCACCCUGGCACCAACACCCUUCCUCGAUCGCAAGCACACCAUCUUUGGCCGCGUGUCGGAUGGCAUCAAGGUGGUCCAGCGGCUCGGCCUCGUCGCGACCGACUCAAACGACCGGCCUAAGGAGGAAGUCAAGAUCCACAAAGCCCUCGCCGUCGUCGUCGAUUAG